UCAUUUACACAAGUAUAUGUUGGCGCUGUUAAACAUUAUCCGGUGUUGGAGGACACUGGAAACAUGGAAUACUGACGAUACAUUGAAGCGUACCAAGUCUUUUUCGGGGUAUCGCUUGCAGGUUAGACAAAAUGAGGAUCCUUCUUUGGGCUAAUAGGAACAUCGUUCCAUGCCUGAAGCGCACAGCAGGCCCUACCAAUGGCUUAUUCAGAUCGCAUGUACCGGCGGCUGGUCUUACAUCCAUCUCCGACCCGGAGUAUGCCAGUCGGCAACCACAUCGGAUGAAACCAUAUAACUAUGAAAAAAGACCAAUAUUCCAUCCUCAGAUUUUCACAAACAAAACGGUCAACCGAUUAGAUGAAAACUCCAAGCUUAUCAUUAUAGAAGGAAAUAUCGGCAUCGAUAAAGAAACGUUUGCAAAAAAAAUUGCUGAGGAAUUCGGAAUGAAAUUCAUUCCCGAAUUCAAAGAAGAAGAGUGCUUAUUGACAUCACGUGGAUUUGAUAGACGAGAACUGAAUGACAGAGUUUCAGACAAGUUAAAAGUUUGGGAUUUCGAAAUGCUGUAUUCGACCGAGAAUCCAAGAGAUGCCUGUCAUUUCCUGAGAACACAAAUCGAAUUGUACAUUGGGAAAUUUGAAAGAUACAGGGAGGCUGUGAGCCAUAUAUGGAAUACGGGUCAAGGUGUGGUAAUGAUCAGAAGUGUUUUCAGUGAUCUCGUCUUCGCAAAAGCACUGAGAAGGGCAGGAGUAUUGACCCCCAAAGGCUACCAACACUACACCCGUAUAUACUACAACACCCAGGUAGAGCUGAUUAGUCCGCAUCUCUUUCUUUACUUGGAUGCUCCUGUUGAAUACUGUAUGGAACAGAUCAAGAAGAGAGGCCGACCAUGGGAAGUGAAUAGCACCAUCCUGACAGAGAGGUUUCUCCAAGACGUACAAAACAUAUAUCAAGCUGAUGUCUUACCUCAGUUCAAGGACCUGUCUGAGAUGAAAACCUUUGACAUGACUAGUCCACUGGACUACGAGCUGAUCUUUGAAGAUUUGAAUGAAACCAGUUUGGAUGGACCGAAAAUUAAUGAAGACAACAAGUUCAUUGAAUGGGAACCUCCAUUUAAUGUUGACAUGAGUCUCAUUCGUUACAGGUAUGGAAAAAGGUUCAAGAGCCAUUGGGAUGUUAUGUUUGCUGAAAUAGGUGUACCUGCAGAUAUUGACGAGUUAAAUUAUGGUUCAGUUGAUAUGGAAGAAUUGGAGGCUGAAAUUUUACAGCACCCUGGCUACAAGUUCAAGGACUACUACAAUCCCCAAACCCAAACUUGGUAAAAUUAGGGAUUAUUCCAUAUUAACUCAGGUGAAAGGUCGUGUCGUUCAAGGUUGAUAUGUGUGAUGAAAGGUCAGAGUCAAUACUAGAGGUAGAAGCAAGACAAUGGUAUUACCCAAGGUUAAACAAGGCCAAAACCUGAAGUGAACAAUUUUGGAAAAAAAGAUGUGUCACCGACAUGAUAGUACCGUAAUGUAAACAUGUAGAAAUGUACCAAUAUCAACGAUCUUUUUUUUUCAUCAGAGAAAUUUUGUGUGACAUUUGAAAAAGAACUGGUGUGUAAUAAAUUUGUUUACUGAG